AUGGCGUGGGCGGCGGCGUUCCAGGGCGCGGGGAGCGGAGUGGGGGCUGGGCUUGGGGUGGAAGGGAGAGGGAAGGAGCGGGAACGCGGGAUGGCGAAGCAAAAUGGGGAGGAGAGGGCUGCAGAGGGGAGCUCAGCAGGGGAGGAGUUAAGGGCGGGCGCACUGGCGUGGGCGGCGGCUCGUCGCGUCGCCGUCGUCGCGGAGUGCCAGCACUCGAGCGUGGCACAGCGAGGCAGCGACUUCCUCCCAUGCAUCGUUUCGGCGUGGAACAACGCUCCCAACAUUCAGGAUGCUGCCGGGGACCUUGCGAGCUCGCUCAAAGCAUCACGAAAUGCAGCAAAGGAUGCCUGCGCUGAUCGUUUGCAGCUGGCCAUCAGGGAACGGGCAGCCUAUUGGAAACAAAGGAGCAAAUUCAAGGCGAUCCGCGAGGACGAUGCCAACACUGCUUUCCACAAUGCUCAUGCCACUAAUCGCCUACGCCGGAAUCAGAUUAAGACGCUUACAGUUGAUGGGUGUGAACUCACAGCACAUGAUGCAAAGACAAAUGCAUUGACGACAUACUUCUCCUCCAUCAUGGGCACAACAGCCACAGCACACUGGCAAUUCAGUUUGGAGGAUAUCUACAGGGGGGUCGAGUCACCAACUCUGGACACACUGUCAGCGCCUUUCACUGUGGAGGAAGCGAAAGCAGCAGUGCACAGGAUGAACCGCAAUAGUGCUCCCGGGCCGGAUGGCUUUAGUCCUGGUUUCUACAUGGCGGCCUGGGAUACCGUUGUGGAUAAGGUUAUGAGCUUCGUGGAUGCUUUUGCUGCUGGAACAGUGUAUCUUGAACGGGUGAACAGAUCCUACAUUGUGCUCCUGCCCAAGAAGCCGGGAGCAACGGCACCAGGGGACCAUCGCCCUAUUUGUCUGCAGAACUGCUCCCUGAAGAUCAUUGCCAAGAUCCUCACCUCACGACUGCAGGUGCAAAUCCCCAAGCUGAUUGACAUGGAUCAAACAGGUUUUAUAAAAGGCCGCUCAAUUUCUGAAAACUUCAUCUACGCACUGGAAUUAGUUCAGCACUACCACAAACAGCGCCUGCCAACACUUGUCCUCAAACUGGACUUCGCCAAAGCAUUUGACUCCGUCAAUUGGGACAGCCUGCUCAAAAUCCUUCAAUGCAGAGGUUUCCCCGCCACAUGGUGCUCAUGGAUUCAACACAUCCUCACCACUUCUAAGUCUGCAAUCCUACUGAAUGGAUGUCCGGGCAGCUGGUUCACCUGCAAGAAAGGGCUCCGGCAAGGGGUCCCCCUAUCCCCAUAUCUGUUCCUGCUAGUGGCAGACGUCCUACAACGCCUCAUCAAAUGUGAUGGUGGUGUGCGGCACCCGGCGUCCGAUGCGCUACCAUGCCCUGUGAUCCAGUAUGCAGAUGAAACUCUGAUAGUCUUGCGGGCUGCGGAUCAGGAUGUCCUGAAACUCAAGUUGCUCCUUGACCAAUUCGCUAAUGCGACCGGCCUCAAGAUUAACUUUCACAAAAGCACAGUGGUGCCGAUGCAUGUCCCGGAGGAGGAUGUACCAAGCUACCUCACCGUGCUGGGGUGCCGAAGAGACCAAUUCCCACAGACUUACUUGGGCAUGCCACUCUCCAAUGUCAAACUCAAUCUGAGCGCCUUUACCCCACUCAUUGACCGCACUGACAGAUACCUGGGCGGUUGGCAAGCAUCUCUACUCAACUACAUGGGCCGGGCGGUCCUGGUCAAUUCAGUUCUUGACAGUGCUUUAAUCUACACCCUCUCCGCCAUGCAACUUCCGCAAGGGACGAUCGAUGCUCUUGACAAAAAACGUCGGGCUUUCCUUUGGUCAGGUGAAGCUACAAUGACUGGUGCCCGAUGCCUUGUCGCUUGGGAACAGACCUGCCUGCCCAAAGAACUGGGUGGUCUCGGUAUCAAGAACUUGCAAAUCCUCAAUCAGUGCCUGCUGCUGAAGCACUUGCACCGCCUACACCAUCCUGGGGAAUCGGCCUGGGCAAAAUGGGUGUCUUCUCGGAUUGACAUUGCCUCCCUGGAAAGUAACUGUGCUAGAGCACACUGGAAGAACUUGCAGGACCUGCUACCUAUCUACAGAGCAAUCACAACAACCACUGUUGGCAACGGGAUACGCACCUCCUUCUGGUUUGAUCACUGGCUCCCCGUCGGCCAACUUUCGGAAGCUUUACCUUCUCUUUUCAGUCAUACCAAUGACCAGAAUGCAUCAGUUGCCAAAGUAUAUUCCAGACCACUGCGCGAUCACUUUGUCACCCGUCUCUCUCAUGUCGCUGCCGCCGAGUUCGCCAUACUGGAAGAGAUCGUCGAAGAAGUCGUGUUACAAGAGACCUCUGACAACCGGCUAUGCCCGCUGGUGAGCAAAGAUGGCACGCUGCGUGCCGGGCCGAUCUACGCUGCUAUGAUGAGUCUGCAGGAACAUACACCUUGCCCCUUCUACAAAUUUGUUUGGAUCAAUUGUGCCCCACCGCGUGUUUGCUUCUUUGCUUGGCUGCUGGUUCAGGGGAAAAUCCAGUGCAAAACCAACCUGGUCGUCAAGAAAGUCGUUGAGAAUCCGGAAUGUGAGGUGUGCCAUGCUGCUGAGGAGAGCCCUGACCACCUCAUCCUACACUGCCACUUUGCCAAACAGUUUUGGACAAAAAUAGGUGUCCCGGUGCAAGACGCAAUGGUGUCACAACUCUGGCUGCUGGAAUGCCCCGUGACAAUACCUGUUGAACACUACUCCACAUUCCUGCUGCUGUGUGCUUGGCAGCUCUGGAAACAUAGACAUGAUGUUGUCUUCCGAGGCCAAAACCCGUCCCUCCGUCUCCUGCUCAGCUGCAAGGAAGAAGCUCGCCUAUGGAGCUGUAGAUUGCCGCGACAGGACAAGCUCGUCGCAGAGGCCUGGUGUAAUGUUUUUUCUUCCAAUAUGUAA